AUGUUGCCUGUUACAGAUCUGAAAAUCACAACAGGCUCGGGAGUUCACAAUCAGGGUUUCAGCUUGUCUAUCAAAGAAAAGGACAGGAAGCUCUCACUGGUCAGUCCUGGUGAAUCCCAACUGAGAGAAAUGUCUGACUUCUUUUCUGAGUCUUUCCUAGAAGACAGUUCUGUGUCUUCCAGAAGGACAGUUCUGGAAGAAGUUCAGAGGCAUCAGCCAUCAGCUCAGGAAAUCAACAAAGACCCACUCCUCUUACCCAACCUCACCCUGGGCUACAACCUCCAUGACAACUUUCGAGACAGAAGAUUGACAUUGGAUGGUCUGUUGGAUUUGCUUUCGACCGGGGAAGCCAAUGUUCCUAACUACAGCUGCGGAAGGAAGAGAAACAUGCUGGUUCUCCUGGAAGAGACCAAUUCUGACAUAGCCAUCAUCAUGGCUGCCAUGUUGGGCAUCUACAAAAUCCCACAGAUCAGCUACACUUUUAUUUCACCGUUCCUUAGUGAUAAAACUCAAUUACCUUUCUUUUAUCGGACCGUCCCCAAAGAAGGUGCUCAGAACUUGGGAAUUGUUAAACUGCUGCUAUAUUUUCAAUGGACGUUCAUUGGCCUCCUUGCUGCAGACACCGAUAAUGGAGAACAUUUCAUUAGGACCUUCAAUUCUGUGCUGGCCCAGAAUGGCAUUUGUGCUGCUUUUUCACAAAUCACAUUGCUAGAUACUGAGAACUUCAGUAAUCUGAUUUCUAUUUUCAAAACGUGGCACCAAAUCAAUGUCUUUGUUUACUAUGCAGAAUUUACAUUUGUAGAGGGAGAAGUGUUUGUAGAAAUUGUAUUGAACUUUGUGAAAAAACCUGUCAUAGGAAAGCUCCACCAUUUCCUGAAGAAUCCCCAGAUCUACAACAACACCAUGCAAGGAAUGUAUUUGGAUGGGAAUGGAGAUUUGAUGGCUGACUUUGACCUUGAGAUCAACCAAGAUUCUCAUCUCUUACCCAACAUCACCCUGGGCUACAAUGUCUAUGAAAAUUAUUUCCAUCCACGAAUGACUUCAGAUGCUUUGCUGGAUCUGCUUUCUGAUGGGGAGGCCAAUGUUCCCAACUACAGCUGUGGAAGGCAGAGAAACACAGUGGCUGUUCUGGAAGGAUCUGAGACUGGCAUCUCCAUCCAGAUUUCAACCAUGUUGGGCACCUACAAAAUCCCACAGAUCAGUUACAGUUUUGUUUUGCAGGUUCUGAAUGAUAAAAGCUAUUUUCCUUUCUUCUACCCGAUGCUCCCCUCUGAAGGAUUCCAGUAUUCAGGGAUGGUCAAGUUACUCCUCCAUUUCAAGUGGAUUUUGGUUGGGCUGCUUGCUCCAGACACUGAUCAGGGGCAGAAAUAUGUGAGGACGAUGACCUCCAUGUUGAUAAAGAAUGGCAUCUGUCCAGUUUUAUCACAAACCUUUUCCAGAGCUGGCCACAAACUGUUCAGUCUUUCUGAUACUUACAGCAAUUGGAGACAGGUUAAUGUCUUCCUCUAUGCAGCUGACAUGGAUACAAUAGCCAUUGGGAUGUUAAUUAUACACAAAGCUGUUGAGUGUUUUAAGAAACCUGUUACAGGCAAGGUCCUGAUGACAACUGUCCUGUGGGACUUACAACUAUAUUUAAUGGAGGUUGCUACUCUCACUGAACUAAGUCUGGACAAGACUGACAACCUCCAUAGCAUGUUUUCCUUUCUUAUGAAAACAAGGCAAACAGCAAACUAUGUGAUGUCUCGUCAUUUUUAUUCUGCAAUGCAACAUUUCUCAGAAAGAUCCUUUACAUGUUCUUACCCCAAGGAUCCUUUUUCAAUGAAACUCUGGAAACGAUGCAGACAAAAAGAAGAACUGGAGACUCUGCCCCAAGAGGCAAUGGAUCAUAUCUUGUCAAUAGACAACUAUUUCACUUACAACACAAUCUGGGCUGUGGCGAAGGCUUUACAUACAGUCAUGAUAUCCAGCUCUAAGAGGACAAGGAAUAAAGAUGAUAAGAACAGGGAAUCUCCAAGGCUGAAGGCUUGGCAGAUUCAUUCUUCCCUUCAAAACCCUCAGUUCUACAAUGAUUCCAUAGAAGGGGUGCACCUGAAUGAAAAUGGAGAGCUGAUAGCAGACCUGGACAUUGUGAACUGGGCAAUUUUCUCCAAUAUAUCUGUAAGCAAAGUGAAAUGUGGGCAUCUAGAAAAACAGGGAUCCCUGGAUUUCAAUUUUAUAAUCAACCAGAAAUCUAUUGAAGAGAUGGAAGUAUUGAACAAGCCCCUGCCUCCUUCCAGGUGUGUGGAAAGCUGCCAUCCUGGAUUCAUGAAGGUGGCUCAGGAAGGGAAACCCAUCUGCUGUUAUGACUGUCAUCCUUGUGCAGAAGGAACCAUCUCCAGCAUGGAAGAUGCACAAAAAUGCACCAUAUGUCAAGAAGAUCAAUAUCCCAAUAUUAAACAAGUUCACUGUAUUCCCAAGACCAGUAGCUACCUUUCUUAUAAAGAAACUCUGGCAAUCAUCCUGGCUUCUAUUGCCUUAUUCAUGUUUUUAAUCACAGGCUUUGUUGUGGGAAUCUUCAUUAAAUUCCUGGAAACUCCAAUCAUCAAAGCCAACAAUCGGGACCUCUCCUUCAUCCUCCUCAUCUCCCUCCUACUUUCCUUUUUGACCUCCCUCCUCUUCAUUGGUCGGCCAAACAAACAAACCUGCCUUCUCCGACAAACAGCCUUCAGCAUCAUCUUCUCAGUUGCCAUUUCUUCAAUCUUGGCCAAAACGAUCACAGUAGUGUUAGCCUUCUUGGCCACUAAACCAGGGAAUAAUAUUCAGAGGUGGCUGGGUAAAAGUUUGACCAAUUCUAUCAUCUUUUCUUGCUCUGCUGUCCAAGUUGUCCUCUGCAGCAUCUGGUUGGGUACUUCUCCCCCAUUCCCUGACUCUGACAUGCAUUCCCAGUAUGGAAAUAUUAUUUUGCAAUGCAAUGAAGGGUCUGUCACCAUGUUUUACUCUGGCCUUGGUUAUAUGGGCUUUCUGGCUACCAUUUGCUUCACGCUGGCUUUCCUGGCCAGGAAUCUACCUGGGGCCUUCAAUGAAGCCAAGCUGAUUACUUUCAGCAUGCUGGUCUUCUGCAGUGUCUGGGUCACUUUUGUGCCCACCUACCUGAGCACCAGGGGGAAGUACAUGGUGGCUGUGCAAGUCUUCUCCAUCUUGGCAUCUAGUACUGGGCUUCUGGGCUGCAUCUUCAUCCCCAAGUGCUACAUUAUUUUUUUAAGACCUGAUCUAAAUACUAAAGAACAUGUGAUGUCAAAAUAA